CAUUUCAACAAAUGUUAAACAAGACUUGUCAUAGUAAUAUUUAUACUUUACCUAUUUUCCAAACUAUACAAGAUAUGCUUAAUGAUAUUAUUAAAGGCAAGAUUCAUAGUUUUCCAAAAAGUAAUAAAAUUAAAUUAACAGAUGGUAAAAAUUUUCAUUUUAAUCUUGAAAAUUUAGUGAGAGGUUAUGGUAACGAAAUUGAAGUUAAAGGAUUUACACAAAUUAAUAAUGAAUGGAAAAAGACAUCAAAUAGUAGUAUUGCUAAUGGUAUAUUGGUAUCAUGUAUACAAUUAAAUAACCAGGGUUUGGCUUUAAUUACUACUUAUGGAAUCUAUAUUUAUACAAUUGUUGAAGAUUUCUUAAGACUUCGAUACCUUUGGAGUAAUAAGGAAUUGAUAGAUUAUAAUAAGAAUUGUAAGGAUAAUGAACUUGUUGAGUAUAAAAAAAUUAUUCAGGGAAUUUUAAAACAAGAAUUUAAUUGUGAGGAUAAUGAGGAUAAUGUAGUUGUACUUGUUGAGGAUAAUGUACUUGUUGAGUAUAAAAAAAUUAUUCGGGGAAUUUUAAAACAAGAAUUUAAAGAAUCAUUACCCUUACCAAAUUUGAAAUUUUGCAUGGUGGAAUUUUCAGAACGUGAUGAUUUAUUUUUGG